AUGAUUUUGGUGCCACUGUCUGUGUACAAUUUGGACAUCACCAGCUUUGAGCUUCCUGGCACGAGGUUGGGUUUUGUUUGGGAGUUUGAGGAUGUUGACAAGGGUGCCCCCCUAGCAGCUUUCAUGGGGAGGCCUCUGCAGCCUAGGCAUCCGAUGACGAUUUUCUCGGCCACUUUUUGGACGCUGGAUUUUGUCCUGGCCUUCUUCGUGGGUUACUAUGUCUCAGGCAUCCCGUCUCGCUUUGAGAACCGCGGGGCUGCACAUGCGCUUCAGCACUUGAUGGGCCUGCCCCCCUUGACCCAUGUGCUGCAAGGCACCCUGGAACUGCGGCCGCAGUACACAUCCAGGAAUUACGCGAAAACCUGGAUGGUGCCAGACCUUAUCCUGCUGAUGCCCCGUGGGCUGGAAUGGCAAGCUCUCAUGAACAUUCAUCAGUUGGGUCGGAACUGUUGGUGGUGUGUCUCUUUUCAGAGGAGCGAUCAAGGUUUGAAUGGAUCGACGCUGCGGUCCGCAAAGCUGCUACGGGCCGCUAAGCUGCCAGGGUUCUUCCGGUAUCUGCCGAUGUUCAUCAGUCGGUCCGAGUACAUCACCCUCAGCCUGGGCAUUGUUCGGCACUUGUUGGGAAUCCUCUUCAUCAACCACGUGAUUGCCUCAUUCUGGUAUUUGCUUGGUGAGGAGCAAGGUGGAUGGCUGGAAGUCUACGAGAUCCCAGUUGCAGAUUGGUGGUACUCCUACCUUGUCACGUUGCACUGGAGUUUAACGCAGUUUACGCCCGCGAGCAUGUCUGUUCAACCUCAGACUUUGCCAGAGCGAGCCUUUAAUGUGGCAGUCGUCAUUUUCGCGCUUGUCACCUUCUCGUCCUUCGUGUCAAGCAUUACGAACUUGAUGACGCACUUGCGGAACUUGGAAAGUGGCGAACAAAUCCUCUUCUCCAAACUGGAAGACUUCAUGCAGAGCCGGAAAUUCUCCUUCUACCUGACCAUCCGGGUGCGGCGCUACCUUGAUCAGAGGCUGGCUGAAAAACGCUCGAAGCCAGAGGAGCAAGACAUUGAGUUGCUGCAGAGGCUGUCCGAGCCUUUGAAGAUGGAGGUGCACUUUGAGAUGCACAGCCCAACACUCACCAAACACCCUCUGCUCUUCGCUUACUCGCGCCUAAAUGAGCCGGCGAUGAUGAAACUUUGUCACACGGCGUUGAGGACGAUGCAGCUGUCUGCAGACGACUACCUCUUCACCAAGGGCGAAACAGCCAAGACAAUGUACUUCGCGAUUUCUGGUGCGCUGGUCUACACCAAGGAGGAUGAGCCCGCGCCAUACCCAGUCCAGGCCCCGGCAUACUUCAGCGAGAUGGUGCUCUGGUGUCCCUGGAGCCAUUGUGGGUCAAUGAGAGCCAAGACUGACUGCAAGAUACUGUGCCUGGAUGCAGCACAGUUCUUCGACGUCGUCCAGCACGCAAAGAACUGCCAGCUGGAGGUCUGCGCGUAUGCAGAAAGGGCUCUCCACAUUCAGAACAAGUAUUUCGACAAGGAUUCCCGCAGCGACCUGAACAUCGGGAAGUACAAUGCCCGCAGGAUAGUCAAGAAGACGUUCCCAAAGGGCUCCCUGGAUGUUCGCCCCGCCUGGUACAUGCCGGCAGCAAGGAGCUUGAACCGGCACAACUCUGCAGGUCUGAUGGGAGGGCUCCGCAGGCAGCUGUCUUCGCAGGUGAGCCAGGGCUCCGAGUCGGAGGCGUCUUCCGACAGCAGCGUGGAGAGGUUCAGCGUGCAAAGAAGAAUCGUGGAGCAGGACAAUGAGCAAUCGCUCAUGCUGGACAGCGAAAAAAGUGGGAGGAAUGCCAAGGAAUCAAGGGCCUCCAACAACUCCAAGAUCUCCAAGAGGUCCAUGGAGUCUGAGCUGCCGCCCGUCAAGCCGCCCCCAAGCAUGCAGCCGCUCUCCUAG